UAUUUUAAAAAUAUGUAACUUCUUUUUUUAAUAUAUAUAAUUUUUUAUUUAACCAGGUAAAACCCCCUGGAGAUCCAGAUCUCAUUUGCAGUUGAAACGUAGGUCGCUCCAGCAACACACAACCUGGUUACACAAAAGUAAAACAUAUUAUACACAAGUUCAAAACAAAUUACUAAGCAGUUUAAAAGCAAUACUCGAUUAAUAGUCACAUUGUUUAUUUAAUAAAACGCUCAAAAAUAAUUUCAAUGAAUUACUUUCUAAAAAAGUGAAGUAUUUUUAUUUUAAUAUUUGUCUUAUGCAUUAUCUUUAUAUGAUCAGUAUAUGUUAUGAUUUGUUUGUUACAUAAUGUUGUAGUGUGUUAUCACAGAUACACAUUUGUUUUAUAAUGAGAAUUCAAUGUAAUGAUAAUGAUCAAAUAGCACUCUUCAAAUAAUAUCUGAAGACAAAACAGUCAAACAGCUAAUCAUGUUAUCAUAGCUGUUAAGCACUAAAUGUAAGCAUUACAGGUUGCAAAUUUUUAUAUAAUUUAUUUUUUUAAUCAUCAUUUAAUAAAUAUCCAGCCACUCUCCACAGCGAUCUGUCCUUUUUUAAUUCAGAAAAUCCUGUUUCUAACUGUAUGGCCUGCCACUCACAAUAUGGCGGACAGACACGUUCCCCUACUGAGCCAAGUCUUCCGGGUCGAAUGGAAAGACGGGAUAACGCUUCCUGCCGCUACCAGAAGUACGGUUGAUACUGAUAAUGUAGGUCUGCCAGGACUGGGGUCAGGUUCCGGUUUCAACUGGGUCCAGACUGGGACCAGUUCGUCUCCACCGAAUAUGGUUUGCUGCUGUGCUUUCCCUGGCUGCGCUAACAGGGCCAACUCCUGGUCGCCGUACAGGUUCCACCGCAUUCCGCUGGCGGACCUCCACCUCCGCAUGUUGUGGCUAUCGGUGCUGAGGAUGGAUGUCAACACGCCGCCAGCCUCGCUGAAGCAUCUCCGCGUCUGCAGCGCUCACUUUACGGAUGAUGAUUACAUCGGGAAGAGGGAGAAUAGUAAAGGACAGCUGCACCUGAAGGACCACGCUGUCCCAUCCUUUUCACUGGUUCCUGUAGAGACCCUGGCAGCCGAUACUGACCCAGAGGUGAAAGGUCAUGGCGUCGACGAGUUGCCUGCGUCCAUUCAGAAGCAAACUGUUAUUCUGAAAACACCGAGAACAUCAAAGCCUCCAAAACCUCAGGUCAACAAUAAAGGAGCCCAGAAUGUCCUGUUGAUUCCUCGGGACCCCUACUGUGACGUCGUGAGUCGCUGGCAGCUGUCAGUUCGAGCUCGGCCGUUGUCAGACCCGGCGACACAGGAAGCAGACAGUGACUCCACAGACGCCAUUUCAGAACCAGGAAUGUCAAAGGAUGCAAGAGAUCAGAAGUCCGUUGGCGAAGCUUCGCCCGUUGUGUCCGAGCACAAAGAGGGCGGCAGCAGUGAGGCCAUUUCUCCUCGUGAUGUGCUGAAAAUGGUUUACGUCGACGAAUCAGAGGACAGCGAAGAAAAAUCGGAGGAGAAAGAGGACAAGACGAUGGAGGGAGCAGACAUCAGUGAGAUGGAUGCCAAGACUGAUCUGAAAGAGGACGAAAAACAGACAAACUAUGAAAUGGAGGAGGAAGGGGAGAACAGUAAGGAGGAAGGGGAGAACAGUAAGGAGGAAGGGGAGAACAGUAAGGAGGAAGGGGAGGAGAAC